GAAUUAUCUAGGAGGAGGACAAUCGCCUUUCAUACUCGCAGCAUUGUAACAUUUUUCCCCCGGCCGAUGCUCGCAUGCUUGUUUUUGUUCUGUGCACGUUUACCUCCCAUAAAAAGCCAUUUAUAUAGUCCAAUUCAGAAGCAGCCGUAAGGGUUCAUCAUCGCUUCUGCACUCGACACUUUCUGAGGCGACUCAUCUUUUUAUGCCUGAUCUAUUGGGAUUCAGAGUGGGUGUUGUCACAGGACGAUGAUCGAGAGACCCGACUCAGCUGUUUCCAGCGUUGCACAGAGGAAUCUGGAGGGUUAUGUCGGCUUCGCCAACCUCCCCAACCAGGUGUACAGGAAGUCCGUGAAGAGGGGGUUUGAGUUCACACUCAUGGUUGUCGGUGAGUCUGGACUGGGCAAAUCCACGCUCAUCAAUUCCCUCUUUCUGACAGACCUGUACUCCAAAGACUACCCUGGCCCAUCUCAGAGGAUCAAGAAGACUGUUCAGGUGGAACAGUCCAAAGUGCUGAUAAAGGAGGGGGGCGUUCAGCUCACUCUCACCAUUGUCGACACACCAGGCUUUGGAGAUGCGGUGGACAACAGCAACUGCUGGCAGCCAGUCAUCAACUACAUCGACAGUAAGUUUGAAGACUUCCUGAAUGCUGAAUCCCGUGUCAACAGGAGGCAGAUGCCUGACAACAGGGUGCACUGCUGCUUGUACUUCAUCGCCCCCUCUGGUCACGGACUGAAGCCUCUUGAUAUCGAGUUCAUGAAGCGUCUGCAUGACAAAGUCAAUGUCAUUCCCCUCAUCGCCAAGGCCGACACUCUCACGCCAGAAGAGUGCCAGCUUUUCAAGAAACAGAUAAUGAAGGAGAUCCAAGAGCACAAAAUCAAGAUCUACGAGUUUCCCGACACAGAGGACGAUGAGGACAGCAAACUGAUCCGAAAGAUAAAGGAGAAGAUGCCUCUGGCUGUGGUCGGAAGCAAUGUGGUGAUCGAAGUGAAUGGCAGGAAGGUCAGAGGUCGCCAGUACCCCUGGGGUGUGGCAGAAGAGGGCAUUAUUGUGGAGAACGGUGAGCACUGUGACUUCACGGUCCUGAGGAAUAUGCUCAUCAGGACUCACAUGCAGGACCUGAAGGACGUGACCAAUAAUGUUCACUAUGAAAACUACCGCAGCAAGAAACUAGCAGCCGUCACCUGCAACGGGGUCGAUGCCACCAAGAACAAGGGCCAGCUAACAAAGAGUCCCUUGGCUCAGAUGGAGGAGGAGAGGAGGGAGCAUGUGAUGAAGAUGAAGAAGAUGGAGACAGAGAUGGAGCAAGUCUUUGAGAUGAAGGUCAAAGAAAAGAAGCAAAAACUGAAGGACUCUGAGGCAGAGUUGGAACGGCGUCACGAACAGAUGAAGAAGAAUCUAGAAGCUCAGUAUAAAGAGCUUGAUGAGAAGAGACGCCAGUUUGAGGAGGAAAAAGUCAACUGGGAGGCCCACCAGCGCAUCCUGGAGCAGCAGAAACUUGAUGCAUCAAAGACAAUGGAAAAGAACAAGAAAAAAGGGAAAAUCUUUUAAAGAAAACAUGAAGCUCCAUUCCUCUUAAAACCAGAAACUCCUUGCAUCUCUUUUGAUGCUAUGAUGAUCUAUGACCCCAUAAGAAACACAUGCGCAAGUGCUACUGUACACGUUUACACACUCCAUUGCACCAAAUCAAAUGAGUUGAUCACCAUCUUCUGGCUGACUGUCACAUUACACCACAUGCCCGGUAUGUCAAGUGCAUGUCUUACUUGACCAACAUUCCCUUGAAACGUUAAAUGAUGGUUAUUACAAACAAGACUUGGUGUUUGCAAUAUUUCCUAACAGAACAGGCUGUUUUCAGACAUUUUCAACUCUGCUGACAUCAUUCGCACACCCUUAGUCUUAAGAAGGUCUCAGUAGGUUUGUAAAGAUGUGAUGGAGAAUGAGACAGAUGGAUGGAAGCAUGUGCAAAGAG